AUGCGUCGCCCAAGGCCCCAAGCCAACGGGCCGCCUCUCCUCGAAACUAUUCAAAAUAACAACAAAUUCCUUCAGAUUGCCGUCGCCGUCCAGUUGCUAAGUAAAAUAUUGGCUCAGACUUGACUUUGUUUUCUGAAAUUGUACUAAGAAACACAAGGGAAUGUGAGGAUGCGAGUACCAGAAUGUAUCGAACCCUAACAAGUGAUACUCGGUUCAAGAUAGGCAGAUUCUCUGUGGCAGUAACGUGUAUUGCUCUAGUUGGAGCCAUCGCAAAGACAUCUGACCUACAAAGUGGCUUUAUACGCGAUGUUCAGGCGGCCGCAGGCGGCCGGAAGCGAGCUAGACGGCAUCUCCCUGGAGCUCUUAUCACUCAGAACAGUACCGGAGUUUCUCGCAGAUGAUUUCAAAGGCGAAUAGUAAACAAAAAUUGCUCGGGAACCCCCCAGACACAAAUCUUGAAGAUUUUGAGAAACUGCCCUGUUGUAGUUACCGAUAUCGAGACGACACUCUGCAAACAUGAAGGUAAUGGUUUUAAAAGGGCUGUGAGGUCAACCGUAGGGAAGGAUUAUAUCUUGAGGUUGCGAUCAAAUUUGGAAGCUCAUAAGUCUGCUCUGGAAAUAGCAUUGGAUUUUGUUUCAAUGUAGAAUCUUCUUAUAGCUGUGUCCAACGAGUACUGACAUCAAUGCUAGGGUUAUGAUCAAAGAUAUCAGAGCCGAGACUCACGAUAUACGGAAUCGUACAUCUGUGCUACCGGCAAUCAAGGACGACAUCACCCAAAUUCUGGCUGAGGUUGGGCGCCUGCAAGAGAAUUUGCUCCGGGAGGAUAUAUGCAGACAACACACCUCCGGGUUCACGCUCCAGAGAUAUUUGGAAAAUCUCACGGUCUACGCAGAGACAGUUUACGACAUGUCUUCAAAUGGUUGCCAAAGUCUGAUGGAAUGUGAAGGGUCUCAGAGCCCACAACUAGUCCUCUCGAAACCCUACACUCCAGCCCGUCAAUCGCACAGGAAAAAUACAAGUGACCUAAAAGUAUCCGAAAGCGCCACUGCACUUCACAGUCUCGAAUACCAAAUUAAAACACAACCGUUCCCAACGAUUUUACCCAACACUUACCACAGACUCCUCCAGAACAACCCCAGAGUCCACCGUUUCCCAACCCAAUAAAGUCGUUCCGACCAAAGAGCCCUGCAGGAUAUUUCUACAUCCAAUGUAAUUGCUGCGACAAACCAAUCUCUGAUGACCAUUUCUAUCACUGGAGGAUUUGCAAAGAGGGUGACUUUGACUUGUGCGAAGAAUGCGUCAGUGAUGGAACGCACUGCGGCGAGGUCUCUCAUCGUAUGGUCAAACGCUAUAUAAAGGACCUGAUUGUUGCAAAGCACUUCUGAUGCAAGCUUGCCACCACCUAUACUAACAUGAAGACUCCUGCGCGCCGAUAUUCCGAGAACCACGCCAUUUGCCAGCUGCUGUGGCGCGGUCGAGUACUCACCUCCAGCCCAACGUAUUCAGUGGCGAAGAGUGAGGAGAGCAUGAAGGGGGUAUGCUCAGUCUCACUGCUUCCAUCUUUUGACGUAGAUAGUGUUCUCACUAUGGUAGCGCAAAACGCCGAAAAGCUUCAGGCAAGGCAAGAAUACGAGCGAAUGACGUCUCAAUUGUGCGAGUGGUGGUAUUGAGGUGGAAAUGUGGGUAAAGGACGAUGUUGAACUUGCUAGUCGAUGUCCAGGGUUGGUGCUCAAAAGUUCGGUGGCUGUCCUUCAUGGAAAGGUAAUUACAUACAGAGUGAAAAGGCGAAGCACUUCAUGUAACCAGAGAAGCAGGAUAAUUAGAUAUCUCAAUAAUA